AUGUCUGUCAAGAUUUUACAUUUAUUUGUUUUUAUAAUUUUCAUAACUCAACAACUAUGUGAAGAAGAUCGUGUUUGUCAGUUUGAGAAAAUUAUUAUUUUUCUCUCUCAAAAUGUUUUUUUUUCAGUUGUCGAAUCACACUUGUUUAACUCAUCAAAUAUCGAAGAGUUGAAAAUUUUAGAUGAACUUGCAGAAGAGGAUCUUCUCAUUUCUAUCAAUACCGAAACAAAUAACGAAUGUAGAAUGGAAUCUUGGAAUAAUAUAACAACAGAAACUCUUCCGAACUUCAAAAAUUAUGAAAAAUGGAAAAAAGACUGUGUAAAUUGUUUGUCAGAUUUGAUGAGUGACGGACAAAUGCGUUUAAUUUCUUCAUUUGUUUAUUCUGAUUUCAUUGCAGUUGUUGUGAGUCUUUUAGGAGAUAAACAUACCGGGUAAGUAUUGUAAUCCCUUUUUUCUUUGAAAAUCGUUUUUUUUUUUAGAAAACUAGUGUAUUGCCAUUAUUAUGAUUGUAAUCAUAAAAAAAUAAAUAGAAUUUUCGAAUCAGAACUGUUUCCUGCAGCAACAGUAAGAUGUGCAAGACAAUCUGGGGCUGAAUAUAUAUCAAUAACUUUAAAUAUAUCUGAUAUUCCGGUUCAUCCUAUUCCAAUUCAAAGUAGAAUUGAAGGUUUGAAACACAUUUCUUUUUCUAUUUUUUAUUUGAACAUCCUCUGAAUUUUAUUUCAGAACCCAAAUAUGAAAUCGGUGUUUGUGGCGGUCAAGUUUAUGGAAAUCACUCAAUUUGGUUAACAAUAAUUGAAUUUAUUGAACAUCAUCGACUUAUUGUAAGUUUUUAUUUGAAUUUUUGAAAAUUAUAAUUUUUAGGGCGCUUCGUUUUUUUAUCUCUCGAUUUUUUAUUCCGAUGAAAAAACUAUCCGAGUUAUAAACGACUAUGAACGUCUUGGAAUUUUGGACCCUAAUUUUAUAAAUCUUGAAUACAAAUUUAUCAACUUUCAAUUUCACAUUAUUCAAAUGGCGGUAAGUUGCAAAGUUAUUGAUUAGAAAACAGUUCAAUUAUAGGAUUGUUUUUAUCGAAGUAGAAUGCAUUCAAAAUGGGUUAUUAAUAUUGAUCUCGAUGAAAUAUUUGUAGUGAAAAACUCACAAAGUUUCUCAAGUUUAUUGAAUUCACUUCCAAAAUCAAUAAUUGGUUUAUCUUUUCCUGUUUCUCGAAUUCAAGUUGUAAAUCAACAAAGUUCUAAACUCGAAAAUUUAAUGUUUUAUGAAAAACAUACAAUAUCAACGCGACCUUUGUGGUUCUCAUUAAAAAGCAUUUAUCAACAUAAACAUUCACAUUCUCUUUUUUAUCAUUGGGCAUGGAGAUUUGACAAAGGAUUCAGAAUUAUGACAAUGAAUAGUACUAUUGGAUAUUUUAGGUAUACUUGAUUUUUUUUUUGAACUUUGAAGUAUCCAAAAAAUCCAAUUCCAGACAUUAUCGUAAAAAAUUUGAUGGAAAAGAAUGGGUAAAUGGAUUCGUACCUUAUCGGAAUAUAAAAUUGAAUAGAACAUUUUCAAAUACUCUUAAGAAUAAAAUAAUCGCCAGAAUAAACUAUCUUUUUAAUCAGAGAUAUAUUGCGUGUGAAGAGAUUGAUCCAUAUUUUAUUAAUUAUUUUAAAUCGAAGGAUAAGUGUAUUUAUAGAAAUGGAACUGGAAUAAAUGUUUAG